AUGAAACAGGCUAACGUUUCUGUGGCUCGACGAAUAUCGUCUAGAAGAAUGUAUACUUGGGAUCGGCUUAUUCUGGGCGUAAUUGCAGCGCUGCUUAUUUUUGCUUAUCUUUCAACAUCACAUAACGGCAAUGUAACAAAGAUCGAGGCUGAUCAUACGCAUAUUGAUGAUUCAAAGGUAUCAUCUUUUAAGUUGAAGCAUAUUCAUAGGCACGGGGUUGGCAAGAAGCAUUCUUAUCAUCAAAAGCUCGAUAUCACAGAUGAGUUUCUCACUAAGGCAAAAGACACCUACGAGAAUGAGGUAAAGAUAGAUCAAACUGAUAAGAACAACGAUUUAUGGACAACUAAUGCUGAAUAUGCUACUGAUAAUCCAUUUGAUUAUGAUUUCAAAUUAAAGAAUAUAAGGAUGCCUAUGAAAAGAAUGGCAGAUAGAAGUGUGGACUUCAUAGAACCAUUUUUAGAAUUUGCAUCAGGUUCUCCGUCAAUAGCUUCGAAAGUAUCUAUAGACUGGGUUGAUGAUGAUGUGAUAGCACCAAAUGUUACGGAUAAGGAAACUGUAAUAUCCUUGGCAUUGAUGUCGUCAAAUGCAUAUGUCAAAUUGCCGUAUCAUGACGACUGGAGAAACAUUUCCUCACCAUGGAAUGGCUCAGAAUCAGACGGUUUUGGAUGGGAUGACGAUGGACUGAGGGGACACAUUUUCGUUAAUAAGGAGGAAGAUAUUGUUGUUAUAUCUUUCAAGGGUACAAGUGCCCAGGGGUUACCGGGUUCUGGCAUUGAUGAGACCACUGCAAACGACAAGAUCAAUGAUAAUUUAUUAUUUUCAUGCUGUUGCGCCCGUGUGAGUUACUUAUGGACUACCGUAUGCGAUUGUUACACAAAAUCAUACACUUGUGAUGAAUCAUGCUUGGAAAGAGAGUUGAGAAAGAAAGACUAUUAUUACUGGGCGACACUCGAUAUAUACAAACAGGUAGAGAAGGAGUAUCCUAAAGCGGCAAUUUGGACUGCAGGCCAUUCUUUGGGAGGCGCUUUAGCUACUUUACUGGGUCGCACUUAUGGUUUGCCUGCGGUAGCAUUUGAGGCACCUGGAGACUUGUUAGCAGCUAGAAGAUUGCACCUGCCCUUCCCACCGGGAUUGCCAUCAUACCAGGAAGGUAUAUGGCACAUUGGUCAUAACGCCGAUCCUAUUUUUAUGGGUACAUGCAAUGGAGCAAGCUCCAGUUGCUCUAUCGCUGGUUAUGCGAUGGAGACUUCUUGUCACACAGGUAAAACAUGUGUUUAUGAUGCGGUCAAUGACAAGGGUUGGCACGUGAACAUGCUGAAUCACAGAAUACAUACGGUUAUUGAUGGUAUAUUAACCGAAUACGACGAAGUCGCCAAAUGUUUAAAACCAGAGCCCUGUAUUGACUGCUAUAAUUGGAACUAUAUCCGCGAUAAAAGUGACACCAUUUCCUCAACAGCCACUAAGAGCAGUACAAAAACUAAAAAAAUGCAUCAGACUUCAACAAGUAAGGUGCAUAGCAGUGGAACAACAACUUCAGCGGCCUCUUCAUGCGUUGGCCGUAAUUGGUUUGGAAUAUGUACAGAAUAUGAAUUAUGA